AAACGAGAUGGAAAAAUGCAUGGACAGUGUCGAUAGAAUCCAUACAUGACGAUGGCUCUCAGAGCGGUAGCCUGUCUCGAGCUCGUAACGGGCGGGGGAAAGUACCGCGUCUUAAGUGGUACGCACUACAAGAGUAUCUUUGAAAAGAUCAGGCUUCUUUUUCGCACGUCGCGGGAAAAACACGUUCUCAUCAUCUCUGCAUUCAUGCUCACUUCUUCUAUUCGGUACCUCUGCGCUUCAAAAUCUUUUACCCAGAAAAGCAACCAAUUUUACACUUCUGCCACUCCCAUCAACCCUCUCCAGGGUCUCCUCCAACUUCUGCAAUCCUCCAUCAACCACCAAUCUCUAAGUCUCUCCAAACAAUCUCACGCUCGGAUCAUCUCUCUUGGGUUCGAUCAAGAUCCCUUUCUCGCAACGAAGCUCAUCACGGCAUAUUCGAUCUGCGGGGCCCCGUCCGUUUCUCGCCUAGUCUUCGAUUCGAUUUGCCACAAGAAUGUCUUCCUCUGGAACUCAUUGAUCAGCGCGUACGCCAAGAAUCGCAUUUUUGAAGAACCCUUUUGUUUGUUUAAUCGAAUGUGCAUUGGCCAUGAAUCUCCUGAUAAUUACACUUUUGCCACUCUUUCGAAGAUUUGCGGUGAGCUUAGGGACCUGGGAACUGGAAAAGCCAUUCAUUGUCGAAUCGUGCGAGCUGGGUUUUCCUCGGACACGGUUGUUAUGAAUUCUGUAAUGGCCAUGUACUGUAAAUGUGAUAAUUUGGGCGAUGCUCGUGACUUGUUUGAUGAAAUGCCCCAUAGAAGUGUGGCUUCUUGGAACGUUGUAAUUUCCGAGUGUGCAGUUUCUGAUGACUUUUGUUUCAGUGAGGAACGAUGGAAGUGUGUAAAACAGAUGCAGAUUGAAGGAAUGAAACCUGAUGCCUUUACAGUAGCUAGUCUUCUUCCCUUUUGCACUACUGAGUCUGCAGGCCGGACUUAUGGAAGAGAGAUUCAUUGUUUCAUUAUAAGAAAUGGGUUAGGAUUGGAUUCGGCUUCGGAUCUUUAUGUGGGGAGUUGCUUGAUUGAUAUGUACUCGAAAAGCAAAAAUGUAGUCAUGGGUAGACAGGUUUUCGACCAGAUGAAGUGUAAAAAUGUAGUUGCUUGGACUGCCAUGAUCUCAGGUUAUGCUCAGAAUGGAGGUGCAAGGGAGGCUUUGAUGCUUUUCCCUAAAAUGCAGGAGAGAGGAGUGGGGCCCAAUAGAGUAUCUAUUGUGAGCAUCCUCCCUGCUUGCAGUUCUCUUGCCAGUUUGAUGGAGGGGAAACAAAUUCAUGGUUUUGCUGUUAGAUCAGAACUGAAUUAUGACGUUUCUGUAAGCAAUGCUUUGAUUGACAUGUACUCAAAAUGCGGGAGCUUGAAAUGUGCGAGGCAUGUCUUUGAUGAUGAAUCUUUCUGUAAAGACACAAUCUCUUGGAGUUCGAUGAUUACUGGUUAUGGACUACACGGGAGGGGUGAGGAAGCUGUUGCACUUUUCAACAACAUGCUGCAGGCGGGAAUUAAUCCAGAUAAUAUAACGUCUGUGGGAGUUCUUUCUGCAUGCAGUAGAGCAGGACUGAUAACUGAAGGCUUUGAGAUUUAUAAUUUGUUGACAGUAGAUUAUGGCAUUUUGCCCACGAUGGAGAUCUAUUCUUGUGUGGUCGACAUGUUGGGUCGAGCAGGCCAGCUUGACCAGGCACUAAAUUUUAUCAAUUCAAUGCCUGUGAGGCCUGGUCCUAGCAUUUGGGGGGCUCUUUUCAGUGCUUCCGUGCUUCAUGGAAGAACAGAGAUGCGGGAUUUGGCUUAUGGGUCCCUUCUUCUGUUAGAACCUGAGAACCCGUCAAAUUACGUUUCGCUCUCGAACAUAUAUGCUUCUUCUGGGAUGUGGGAUGGUGUGGCGGAAGUGAGGAUGCAGAUGAAGGAGAGAAAGUUGCGGAAGCUGCCUGGAUGUAGUUGGAUUAGUGUCAAUAGCAAGUUUCAUUGCUUUUAUGUUGCAGAUAAAUCACACCCCUCUUCUGAUAUGAUAUAUUCAAUGUUAGACAACCUCAUAUUAAUGAUUAAGGGAGAUGGUGUUUGUGCUUUGAAUAUUUGAUGCAGAUUUUGGCAUUUUGUUGUCUAUCUUGACUGUUUCAGCCAUGAAUACAUGCUAUCAUGCACAUAAGAAACUAUGCUAUCAUGCAAGGGAAUCCUUCUUUUGGGAAAUCUUCAGUGAUGAUAUGCUAACCAGUGGAGUUAUAUUUCAAGUUCUCUUGUAGUCUUUGAUUCAG